AUGUCUUCAAACAAGGUCAUGGAGGAGACAAGAGCCAAGUCUCAGGAGAGCUUCCUUGAGUUUCUUCUUCGCGGCGCAACUUUGGAGAAUCCCUCUUCCCAGCACAAGGAGAUUGUCCCCGUCAGCUUUCCUCGGUCUCCGGCAAAGUCACACGUGGCAAUGGCCUACCAAUAUCAGACUGAGUCUAAUCGAAGCAUUACCGCCACUAUCACGCUCGUUCCCACAGGAUCAAGUGCCUCGAGCAUUGGCCCAAAGGCCAACCAAGGCCUCAAGUGGGACGGCUGUGAGGCAGACCAAGGUUUUGAUCAGAACAACGGACAUGAAUGGGACAUUGGCAAAAACAUUUCCAACCAAGUCAAAGAGAAGAAUCUUGUUCAAUGUGAAUACAGGGAUUUGAUCAAUAUAGGAAGUGGCAACCAGCACAACGGUCAUUGUCUCGAGAUUGGAGAUGAUGUCGGCGGCAUAGUUCUUCCGAACAUGGACGGUGAUAGAUGGACUCGUUGCAAGGUUAAGAAUGCUGCUGUGGAGAAGAAGGGUGUUUCUCUUGGAACGCAGACCAAUGGUCUCAAGAUCAAGAUUAAGAAGUGA